UACACAAGCUCAUGAGAUAGUCUACAAAAGGUUUCUACAAUGCAGUUUGAGCAGUCAACUGUAGUAGUUGGAGAUCAGUGUGAUUCAAAACUGUGUAAAAAAUGGUUUGCUUCAUUAUUGCUUUAAUCUUUCUCCUACAUAAUUCGAAUGCUCAAGGGAUUAUCAGCUUCAAUCAGUCGGCAGCAGCUGUUCCUCCGAAUGUAAACAUGACAUUUUACUGCGAGGCUACUGGCAUAUCAGUGUAUUUGGAGAUAAACGAUGUUCCUUUGUUCGAUAUAAGGGACAGCUCUGGUAUAUACUCACAGAGGCAAAACUAUGCUGGACUGUGGGUCCUCAGUGUCGCAAUUCAAGCAAAUUCUACAAAUAACAAGACCAAGAUUACAUGCUUUGUUGAUACCAAUCACAAGGAAGACAGAUACCUCAUUGUUGCAGGUCCCCCAUCGAACCCUCUCCCACGUUUGGGCUACAAUAACCACAAUCAUUCAUUAACCUUAAACUGGAACGAACCUUUCACCCACCCUGGAUUCAAUGUGAUUCGUUACACUCUGGAAAUAAUGAACACCGCCAACCAUGAGACUAUAAGUGAACCUAUUGACAUGCAACUACGUCGUGUGUACAUGUAUACUAGUAUCCUGCCGGUCAUGUGCACUGAGUUGGAAUACACUGUGACGGCAUACAAUGAAGUUGGAAAUUCUACGGCUUCUGUGACUGGAGGAUUCCCAAUUGACAUUGCACCUGUGGAAAUUCAGUCAAGAGUUCUGUAUCAAGGAAAUGGUUCUCCUCAUUUGGAAAUUUGGUUUGAACCUGCUUAUUCUUGCUCUUUCCAAGUGGUGAAUUACACUGUCUACCUUGAGGAGUCCAUCGAAGAAACAGUUCUCCUUAACUACUGUGAUAAUCGCUAUAGUGUUCACUCUGGACUGAGCAGUGGAGCUAACUACACUGUUGUGGUGGAAGCUGAGAGCAUAGCCGGGCUAACUGUCACUAAGAAAAAGGUCGCUAUUCUUGAACAGAAACUCGAAGGCUUGACUACUUCGUCAUGUUUAUGUACUGCGGAAUAUGGACAAGAAAUGUUAACAUACCAAAUCAUUAGUGGAGCUCUUGCUGCUUUUUUUGCCAUCCUCGCUGUUUUAAUGAUUAUUGUCUUAUCUCUGUAUUGCAGGCAGUGUAGACUACAAAAAAAGAAAAAAAUUAAGAAUGCUCUAAGAGGUACUGUAGCUACACCUACGAUACCCCAGAGACCACUAUCUCUGCAGACAAAAUGUGCAGCUACAAAUCCGAUAUAUGAAGGCCCCCUCUACGAAAGCCCUGGAGGCGAACCACUGCGUACCCUCCUCGGCAGCACCCCCAGUACACCAAACACACCCCUCGACAGUCCUCGCUAUACGUUCGAUAUGCUCCCCCCUAGUCUACCCCCUCCGAGGAAAGCAUCGACAUACUCUGUACCUUACGAUACCCCUGACAUCGCAUCCCUUCAUGAGACGCAAAAAUUAGAUUUUUCAAACAUAGAGAUGCCUAAGACAGCACGCUUAGGAGAUGAGUACACAGUGAUGAGGCCAGCUAAUGUUAGGACAGGGAGGAAGUCAAGACCAUCUCCACUUGUUAUUCCGAGUUUGACCACCCUCCCAGAAGUGUAACUUCCUAUAAUCACCUCAGUAAUGCACAAUCCUAAUUACAUUUCAACUCUGGUAUGUAACAUAAUUAUAAUGCAAGACACUGCACAUGUACUAUUAGAUGGUGUGAACAUUCUGUACAGGUAGUUCAUGUUGUUGUGAGAGUCAAUACCCGUAUUAACAGUAGUGUUCUUUGUAGUUUGUAUAAGUCACACCCUCACAGUCAAUUAUCUGUAUUUCUUUCUCAAA